AUGAGACGAGGGAGUUCAGGAACGGACCAUGAACUUGGGAUCUUACGAGGAGCUCACUCAGACACAAACUCCGACAACGAAAGCAUCGCAAGCGACCGGUCCGCCUUCAGUGGCCCCCUUGGCCGCCCCAAACGCGCGUCCAAGAAAAACGCAAGAUUUGCUGCGGAUCUUCCCACGAGAAGCACCAGCCUCAGCGACGGUGGUGGUGGACGUGGUGGUCAUGAAGACGAUGAGUACGUGGAGAUCACGCUAGACAUCAGGGACGACUCGGUGGCCGUCCACAGCGUCCAGCAAGCAAGUCCUGGAGGAGGAGCUCAUGAGGAUCCAGAGCUGACACUCCUCACCAAGAAGACGCUUGAGAGCAACCUCAACAACUCAGCGUCGCUUUCUUUCUUCCGUAGCACCUCCUCUCGCAUCAAGAACGCCUCACGCGAGCUCCGACGCGUGUUCUCAAGACGCUCUGCCCCCGCCGCGAGGCGGUUUGACCGCACGAGCUCCGCCGCGGUUCACGCUCUCAAGGGUCUAAAGUUCAUCGCCACCAAGACAGCAGCGUGGCCAGCCGUGGAGCAACGGUUUGAUAAACUCUCUCUUGACUCCAACGGUCUCUUACUCUCUUCCAAGUUUUGGGAGUGUUUAGGAAUGAACAAGGAAUCAAAAGACUUUGCUGACCAGCUAUUCAGGGCACUAGCUCGCCGUAAUAACAUCUCCGGUGAUGCAAUCACCAAGGAACAGCUUAGACUCUUUUGGGAACAGAUCUCAGAUGAAAGCUUUGAUGCCAAACUCCAAGUGUUCUUUGACAUGGUGGACAAAGAUGAAGAUGGAAGAGUAACAGAAGAAGAGGUCGCUGAGAUUAUUAGUCUUAGUGCUUCAGCCAACAAGCUCUCGAAUAUUCAAAAGCAGGCUAAAGAAUAUGCAGCACUGAUAAUGGAAGAGCUGGACCCGGACAAUGCUGGUUACAUCAUGAUCGAAAACUUGGAAAUGCUGCUGCUACAAGCACCAAACCAGUCGGUAAGGAUGGGAGACAGUAGGAUACUAAGCCAGAUGAUAAGCCAGAAGCUGAAACCAGCUAAGGAGACCAACCCUCUGGUGCGAUGGUCGGAGAAAAUCAAGUAUUUCGUGCUUGACAACUGGCAGAGACUAUGGAUCAUGAUGCUAUGGCUUGGCAUCUGUGGUGGCCUAUUCGCCUACAAAUUCAUUCAGUACCGGAACAAAGCGGCCUAUGGCGUGAUGGGUUACUGCGUUUGUGUCGCCAAAGGAGGCGCAGAGACUCUCAAGUUCAACAUGGCUCUCAUUUUGCUGCCUGUUUGUCGCAACACCAUCACUUGGCUAAGGAACAAGACUAAGCUAGGCGUUGUCGUACCGUUCGAUGACAAUCUCAACUUCCAUAAGGUUAUUGCAAGCGGGAUUGUGGUCGGGGCUUUGCUCCAUGUAGUUGCGCAUUUAGCUUGUGAUUUCCCUCGUUUACUUGCCGCGGAUGAGGAUACUUAUGAGCCUAUGAUACCUUACUUUGGGGAGCAACCGGAGAGCUAUUGGUUUUUUGUGAAGGGAGUGGAAGGUGUGACUGGUAUUAUAAUGGUUGUGCUAAUGGCUAUAGCUUUUACAUUGGCUACGCCUUGGUUCCGUCGUAACAAGCUUAACUUGCCUAAUUUCCUCAAGAAGCUUACUGGUUUCAAUGCCUUUUGGUACUCUCACCAUUUGUUCAUCAUUGUUUAUGCUCUUCUCAUUGUCCAUGGUAUAGAGCUCUACCUCACCAAGAUUUGGUAUCAGAAAACGACAUGGAUGUAUUUGGCUGUACCAAUGAUUAUGUAUGCGUCAGAGAGGUUGCUCCGUGCUUUAAGAUCAAGCAUCAAACCGGUUAAGAUUCUCAAGGUGGCUGUUUAUCCUGGGAACGUUUUGUCACUACACGUGACGAAGCCACAAGGAUUCAAAUACAAAAGUGGACAGUACAUGUUCGUGAACUGUAGAGCCGUAUCUCCCUUCGAAUGGCAUCCUUUCUCCAUCACAUCUGCUCCAGGAGACGACUACCUAAGCGUACACAUCCGCACGCUCGGUGACUGGACACGCAAACUCAGAACCGUCUUCUCUGAAGUAUGCAAACCUCCAACCGCUGGUAAAAGCGGUCUGCUCAGAGCAGACGGUGGAGACUCUGUUGCCUUCCCAAAGGUUCUUAUCGACGGUCCUUACGGUGCUCCAGCACAAGACUACAAAAAAUACGACGUGGUACUUCUUGUAGGUCUUGGCAUUGGAGCCACGCCUAUGAUCAGUAUCCUCAAGGACAUUAUCAACAACAUGAAGUCUCAUGACCGUGACGGCGACAUAGAGAACAACAAUGGUAAUGGGAAUAGUAAAGGGUUUACGACGAGGAAAGCUUAUUUCUAUUGGGUGACAAGAGAGCAAGGAUCUUUCGAGUGGUUUAAGGGAAUAAUGGACGAGGUUUCGGAAUUGGACGAGGAAGGUAUCAUCGAGCUUCAUAAUUAUUGCACGAGCGUGUACGAGGAUGGUGAUGCUAGGGUUGCUCUUAUUGCUAUGCUUCAGUCGUUGCAACACGCUAAGAACGGUGUUGAUGUUGUGUCUGGGACACGUGUCAAGUCCCAUUUCGCUAAACCUAACUGGAGACAAGUUUACAAGAGGAUCGCUGUUCAGCAUCCUGGCAAACGAAUCGGAGUCUUCUAUUGUGGGGCACCAGGAUUGACAAAGGAACUGAAAAAUCUGGCUUUGGAUUUCUCUCGAAAGACAACCACCAAGUUUGACUUCCACAAAGAGAACUUUUAGUCCCAAUUAUAGAAGUUGGGCCGUCGAUUAAGUAGAAAUAUAAGACAAUAAACUGCAGAUAGAUAUUAAUUUUUAUAUUCUUUUCCUUUUAUAAAAAAAAUCAUAUGAGCUGUAUUCUUUAGUUUCUUUUUUUGUUUCUUUGUAUGGAAGUUAGUUUAUUGCCGGACUUAAGUAUAAGAUACUAGAUGCAUUAGUUGCAGAUUUAGUAUUGUAAACAUGUAAUUAUGAAGUUACUGCAACGUUAUUAUAUACUUGUAAAUCGUAAUCAUAUCUUCAAUGAGUAAAAAUGGUUUUGAUUUUGAUUUCUGA